UCUCUCUCUCUCACACACACACACUAAACACGCAUACACAACGUGCUUUCUUUUCCCUCGGCCUCCUUUCGGCGGAAAUGUUCUCCAUUGGAGCCCACGGAAAAGAAUAACCCAAUCAGGGAUUGGUAAGAAUCUUAUCAUGGGAAGGGUGAGCUAGAUAAAGUAUUCAGUCACCCACAGAAUCACCAUUUCCUUCGUCUCCGUCUUUCCUUCUCCUUACUUCCAUCAGGAAUUUAAAGUCAAAGCCGGGGCGAGGAUCUAUUCUAGUUCUUCUCAGGUUGCUGAUCUCGAUCUGAGGUGAUCUAGCAGUGGGAACAAACGUCUCGCCAUGGCUUCAAAACGGAUCUUGAAGGAGCUCAAGGAUCUCCAGAAGGAUCCUCCUACAUCUUGCAGCGCCGGUCCAGUUGCUGAGGACAUGUUUCACUGGCAAGCAACAAUUAUGGGUCCUUCAGACAGUCCUUAUGCAGGUGGGGUUUUCUUAGUUACCAUCCAUUUCCCGCCAGAUUAUCCAUUCAAGCCGCCAAAGGUGGCAUUUAGGACAAAGGUUUUCCACCCGAAUAUAAAUAGCAACGGAAGCAUAUGUCUUGACAUCUUGAAGGAGCAGUGGAGCCCAGCCCUAACGAUUUCCAAGGUUUUGCUCUCAAUCUGUUCUUUGUUGACGGACCCGAACCCGGAUGAUCCACUGGUGCCAGAGAUAGCUCACAUGUACAAGACAGACAGAAGCAAGUAUGAGACAACCGCAAGGAGCUGGACUCAGAAGUACGCCAUGGGCUGAGGGUGGGGUGUUUUUUAUGUGUAAUAUCCAGGAAGAGCCUUUCUUUCUAAUACUUUGGUCUUUCGCUUCCAUGUAUGAAACGAAGCUCGGCCUCUCUCUUGAAUCCAAAAAUGGACAAAAGGAGAGGUCCAAAAUAUGCCUCGAAGGAGGAGAAGACACAGAUAUUGCUUUUAAUUGAUUGUAUGGCGUGCCUUACUAUUUGGACUUUGUAUUUUGCUGUUAUAUAUACAUGAAGAAAGAAAAAGAAAGAAGAAUUUCAUGUGA